AUGCCCGGACGCGUCACCACCGUAACUCUCCACCCCCUUCUGGCCUUCAAACCCGACACGUACAUCCAAGAAUCGACAUAUAGCCAGUGUGCCCUAGAAUGGGACGUGCGAUUGCCACCGCAUACAGCACGCAUUGUCCCUACCCCCGCAGCAGUAGUAGCCUCAUCGCGGGCUCCGCCGCCUCCAGCAUACAACACCCCCGCUCCUUCCAAAUCCUCGGCACCCCUCCCGCGCUCGAUCACCCCCGCCGAGCUCGCCCAAUCCGCGACGACACCGCCUGUACGCUCGCUCAACCUCACCUGCGGGAUCCUCCCGCCCGAAUGGCGCAUCCGCGCGACCACAUCCUCUUCCUCCUCGUUAACCCCGAACGCCCCCAACGCCACCCCAAGCCAAAGCCCAUACGUGACCGUCGCCGACGUCCUCGCCGCGAUCCACACGCUCCUCGCGCAGCGCGUCAGCCACGCCGAGUGGGAGCGCCUCGCGCCGAAAGAGAGCGACCGCGUCGCGCGGACGUUUCACGCGCGCUGGCGGUGCGCGGACGGCGGCGACGAGGGCCAGUCGCGGGAGUACUAUGGGGGCGUGAGGAGGGUGGACUGGGUGUUGCAUGCGACGGCGUUUGCGGGGCUGACGUGUGUGCCUGCGGUGGCUGCCAGUGAUGGUGAUGGUGCUAGUGGUGGGGAGGCGGGGAGGAGGCGGAAGGGGGAGGUGGAGGUGGUGAUUACGCUGAGGCGGGAGAAGAGCCGGAAGGGGGAGAAGAAGGGGACGAAGUAAGGGAAGGGUAGGAGUUCUGGAUUGGAUUUGAGGAUUGGGCUUUGUUUUUUGCUGGAUGUCUCUGUCUUUGUGAUAUUGUAUAUUCGAAUAACUGCAUUUAUGAACUCUAUGAUCUUACGUUAUAUAUUAUGUAGCAUUGUGUUUC